AUGGUGAACCCGCUAGCACAGAUCAAGCUGUUUGCAGACGAGCUCGGAAAGGACGCCGGCGCCGGCGACCCGGCCCGGCUCAACGUCGUGGAGGCCCUUCUUGUGAAGUUCCUGUUUGCGUUUGUGCUCGUGUUCUGCGUGUACGUGUAUCUGGACAAGACGAGUGUGCUCAACGGCAACACGCCGGAGGAGAACCAGCGGCUGCACAAGAUGGACUACAAGAAGCAGCUGCAGGAGGCGGCGGAGAAGGAGCGGGCAGAGGACCGGGAGAAGGAGGAGCGGAAGAAGGAGGAGCGGAAGAAGGAAGAGGACAAGGCCGGGGGCAAGAGCAGCGGUGUUGGGGCCAAGAGCAGCGGAGCCAAGUCGAGAAAGACAUAA